ACUCGUUCGUCACCGACACAUCACUAGGUGCGUAGUUAGGGUGAUCAGUUGGUUGUUGUCGUGGUGAAGGCUGAAGAGAGGCUGCUGAACAUCUCUACUCUGAUACUUUCUGUUCUGAGAGGUGGAUACAGUGUCUGGUAACCUGCUCCGAGCUGUUAGACAACAUUUGUGAUAUUAAACAACACAACCAGCAUCAUGGACGUCACAGUAGUUACCAACCCCACUGUGAACGUGCGCCUAACAAGCGCAAUCUCCUCCUUUGAGGUGCAGCGCAGGUUCAAUAGAGGGAUUAGUAUUGCAGAACUCAAGGGGAAAUUGGAGAUGGUUAUUGGAGCAGCUUCUUCCUGCAUGGACCUGGAGUUGUUCAGUGUCUCUGACAAGUUCCUGCAGAAAAUGGACGACAAUGAAGCUUUGCUGGGUUCCUAUGCUGUGGAUGAUGACUGCAGAAUACACGUUACUGAUACAAGUGGUCAGAUGAACGAGUUUACUGAUGUUUCCAAAGUGGAGAAGUUUGAAAUCUCAGAUGACGCUUAUGAAAAGCGAACAGAUUCAGCAAGGUCAUUCAUGAAGAAGAAUCGUUUUGAUCUCGUCAGAGAGGAAGAAAUAGCCAAGAAGAAAGCUGCGAAUGCUGCUCGGGAGGAGGAAAACAAAGCUGCUGCUGAUGCCAUGUCUGUUGGUAACAGAUGCCAAGUGCAGGUCCCUGGGCAGCCCACGAAGGUUGGCACAGUCAUGUUUGUUGGUACAACAGAUUUCAAGCCAGGCUACUGGGUGGGUGUGAAGUACGAUGAGCCCAUGGGAAAGCAUGAUGGAACAGUUGACGGGAAGAAAUACUUUGAAUGCGUGAACAAAUACGGUGCAUUUGUGAAGCCCACAACUGUGACUGUGGGAGACUUUCCUGAGGAGGAUUACGGUUUAGAUGAGAUGUAGGACUGUAAUGUGAAAUGUGAGCAUCAAGCCUCAAGCUGUUAUCCAUUCACCACCAGUGUCUAAUCUUUUUUUUGGGGCUUUUUUUGGCCUUUAUUUGAUAGUGCAGAGGAUAGACUAGAAAGGGGAGAGAGAGAGAGGAGAUGACAUGCAGCAAAGAGCCACAAGUCGGAUCUGAAGCCGUGGUAUGUGGGCGCCCGCUCUACCUCGUGAGCUACCUUGGCGCCCAGGUUCAAUUUCUCUCUCACUAACGCCGACGCAACCUGAUAGAGGUGAAUAUCAGGUAGUACAUCAAUUGCUGCGCUGGAUAUGAUGAUAACAAGGUUUGAUAAAGGAGGGUGUUUUGUUGCAUGUAAGGCAGCAUAAUGAAGGUUCUAUGUAGUCCUUCACUUCAUGCACGUCUGUUCAAUUUAAUUUACUUGCUUUAGCGGUACUUGUUUGUAUAUAACGGUUUAUAGUUAACUGUAGUCUUAGCAUGUUUUGCAGACUGUAAAUUGAUGAGAGAGUGGUCAAAAGAAAGAUCCCCUCCCCCCUAAAAUACUUUGACACUGAAUUGGAAAUUGGCAUUGCACCUUGUAUUCCAGACCAACAUGAAGUCACAUACAUAUCUCCAAAUGAGUUAAGCUGGAGAAACGCUUUCCAAUCACUGAUUAAAAUCAGUACUUAAUGGUCAAACUCAUUCCACCAUGUUUCACUCGAUUGUGAAAGUAUGCAAAGGUAGAUAUUUCCUCUCUACACAACUCUAAAUUUCAUUUUGUGUUUGUAUGUGAUAUGUAAAACUCAAUUUUUGUAAUUCCCCUUUAUUUUUCUGUGACUGAAUUCCCCUUGGUAAAAAAAAAUUUUGUAACUUUAAUGUGUCCUGCUUAUAUUGAACCAAUGAAAUAAAAAUUAAAAAAUGUUCAAGUUUAACAUUUGAAAUGGUAAGGCUCAAUUUUUACCAUUUUUCAAUUUAAAUGUGGUCGAUGAAAUCAAAUUAAUUUAGUUAAUUUAAACUUAGCUCUCCUGUAUACAAAUGGAUGACAACAUCUGGUACAGCUUCCAAAAUUGUUGAAUCGGAUGCUGAAUGUUAUUUUUCUCAGAACUCCUUAGUGUGUCUCCGAGAACUCAAUCUGAGCUGUGAAAUUGAUAUUAAAUUGUACUAACAAUUUAAUUGAAUUUUAAGUCAAAUUUAAUAGGGCUUUUUUUUCUGCAGUUCCAUAUAAACAUGACAUAUUGAAUUCAUCCUGUAGUAUUUGAUGAGGUGGGUGGCUUAAGUAAUAGUAUAUUAUUGGAGAUGUUAAAUUCUGAAAAAUUCCUGUUUAUGUUUCCUUUCUGUAGCAUUAGUAUAAAUUGAACUUACAAUGUACCAUUAAAUGUAUAUUUUUUUAUUAGAUACCGGGGUUGGCCAUCAAAAUAAUAUUUGAAAACAAGCAAAAACUAUAAAAUGUUCACUCUCUCUCCAUUAUAAUCACCACAACACUCAGCUUUUGAACAUGAAUGAUAUGCCUUAUUUAUGCUUUGUUUUGUGUUACUGGUCCAAUACAGUUGACAUGUUUUUCUAUCUUAAGUUUACAGAAGAAAUGUAAAUUAAUCUUUCUUGUGUUUUUUUUCUUUUCAAUUAAAUGUCAUUACCACACCUACAAAAA